AUGCAUUCAAGUCCACACCAAUUUGGAGGGAAGGGUCUCUCCGACGCUUAUCCAAACGGAUCGUACAUCUACUCACUGGCGUAUACCUUAUUUGUGGCACCUUUUGCGCUUCUCCUUGACGAUUCCACUUAUAUGGCUAUUAACUCUUCAGAGAUUGCAGCUUACACAGUGCCCCCUCGUGAGUUCCCGUCCAAUCUUGAUCACGGCGAUGUUCCAUCUGAGCAUUUCUCCACACGUAUGAUGUUGGAAGCAUGCGCUGCCGCCGAAGAGGCUAAGAAAGAAGCCAAAUCCCAGUCUGGCGACAGAAGCUAA